AUGAAUAAUAAUAACAGCAUGAUUUUUUACUAAGAUGAUGGUUAGCAAUCUAAAGAAAGAGCAGAUUAAGUUUUAAUUUUGUAAAAUGCGUAUAAUCCAUAUCAAAUCAAUGGAAUAGAGUAGUAACAAAUGAAUUUUUAUUCUGGAUACGAGCAAAACCAACAAAUAUUCAAGGACAAUAGCUUAUUUUUGUUAAAUUAAAAUAAUUUAUUACACUAAUACUAUCUCUCAGGAAGCGGUUAAGUUGGGAAUAUUGUUUAAAAUGAAAUAGAAUAAAAUCAACCAUCAUAAUGCAAUUUAUACUCUGCUAAUUUUUGUUAAGCUUUUGAAGAAGAAUAGUAUUCAAUUUAAUAAUUACGUAAAUCUGAAAAAGAAAUAUAUUUGGAUAAAAAAUUGAGCUCAAAAUGCUAUUACUAGGAAUAAAAGCUGAUAAAAAAAAGGAAAAUAGAAACAAACGAAGAAUAAUUUUAAUUAGUCUAAAAUAAAACACAGCGUGAAUUGCUAGAAGAAAAAGCUGUGUAUAAUGGAAACAAGAUAAACUCAGGAGAAGUCAGCUAUAACUCUUAUAUUGAUGGUAUUGGUAUAAAUAAUUAAAGAGCUUCAAUCUCACAAUAUUGUUAAGCUCGUUUUAUUGACGAAAAAAAUCAGUUCAGAAAAAAAUAGGGAUAGGGUAAUAUUACUGAUCUUAUUAGAAUGAAUGAGUAUAACAGCUAAAAUUCAUGGGGAUUUCAACGUUUAGAUGAAGAUAAAAAGUAUGAUUGGGUUAUCGAAGACAUAUUUAUUUAAAAUAGUUGGUCUGCAAACAUGGGGAGCGGAAAAUCUUAAAUGCUUGGAAAAGGUGCAUUUGGAAAUGUCAUAAAAGUAAAAGAUAACAACACAUAAGUACAAUAUGCUUUGAAAUUCAUUAAAAAAAUCUUCUUUAGUAAAGCCAUCACUGAAACAGAAAUCAUGAAAUAAUUAAGUGAUGAUAAAAAUAUUAUAAAAUAUUAUGAUAUAUAUUUAUAUGAUUAACAAAUGGAGAGAAACUAAGUUAUAGAAAUUCAGCAAUAUCUAGUCAUUGUUAUGGAAUUGGCUUAAGCAAGUCUUGAAGAUAUUCUUAAAUAACGUAUAAUUUGUCAAGCUCAUUGGACUACUGUUGAACUAUUGACAAUAAUGAAACAGAUUUCUUUGGCUUUGCAGAGCUUAGCUAAAAAAAAUAUAGUUCAUCGAGAUAUAAAACCUUCUAAUAUUUUAUAUUGUCUCAAAUCAUAAUCAUACAAAUUAGCCGAUUUUGGUGAAGCUAAAGUCGUUGAAGAAAUUAACUUUGAUUAUCUUCAUUCUCCUAGAGGAACCAAGAGGUAUAUGAGUCCUGAAUUAUUGAAUGGACUUAACAGUAUUAAGCAAGCGAAUUAGUUAGCAAAUUAAUUAUUGAACGAUUCUCCAAAUAACUUAUCCAACGAGUAAAUAAAUGAGAACAACAAAAAUAAAGAAUUAAAUAUGGUUUUUGAUAAAGUGAUUGAAUUAUAAAGUUAAGAGCAAAACUAUUAAAAUGAUUGCAUUAAAUCUGAAAAUAAUUAAAAAAUAGAAAACUCUGAAAAUCCUAAUAAAAACAAUUAAAUAAUUCAACAUAAUAACUUUGAUAUGAAAAAGGAUGAGGAGGAAAAAAAUUUAGAUGCCAAUUAGGCAUAAUCUUCUUAAAAAAAUAAAAGCAACUCUGAAUUUAAACAAUUGAAUAUUAAAACUAAUGAGACUAGAGAAGUUAUGUAUGAACCUUAUUCAAAUGAUAUCUAUUCUUUGGGCUUGUGCUUUUAUUAAAUGAAAUACCUUGAUGAUCUUUCAUAUUAUAAUGGGCAUAAAAGCAAAACUUCUACAACUGAAGAUUACCUAUAAUCUAAAUUAUAAGAAGAUGAUUAAAUAGAUAAGCUCAUUUCCAAGAUGAUUAGCUACAAUCCAAAGUAUAGACCUAAUAUCAAUCAAGUAUUGAAUUUUAUUGAGGAAUAACUUAGUAAAAUUUCUUAGGAAUUAGAAGGAAUGACUUUUAAUUAUGAAUCAUCAUCUUCUUCUAAUACAAUUGAUUAAAACAAAGUUACUAAAUCUAUUAAUUAAACUUAACUAAUUGAUACCUUCGCAUAAUAAGGUAGAAAUAUUCCAUAGUCUUAAAGUGAGCUAUUUUAAGAAGAAAAGGUGCGCCAACCUUCUCGCUAAAUAUUAUUUAAUUUAAAUAAUACAUACGAAAAUAUUUUAAAUGAUAAGAUCGUAGUUGGGAGUUCUAAAUAUUCAAACUAAAACAAUAAAAAUAAUAGUAAAUAGCAUUCAUUUUCCGACUAUGAGGAAGAUGAAAGUAUUGAUGAUGAAGAUGAAUAAAAUGAAGAUUAUGAAGAAGAAGAUGAGGAUGAAGAAGAAUAGUAAAAAAAAUAAAUAGAAUAAUAUUAACAGACAAAUUCAAACUAAGAAAAUAAUAUUGAGGUAGGGAUAAUAACUAAAAUUAAUAAAUAAGCAAGUGAUUAAUAAAACUAAUAAAAAAAUCUUCAGCAAUAAAAGAAGUUAGCAAAAUAAAACAAAAAAGAAAAUAUAACUCAGAAUUUAUUUGAAGAAUGUAAAGCUAACGAACCUGCAGAACAUCAUAAGAGUGAUUUUAUAGAAAACAAAGUUAAUGAACUGCAAUUUUUAAAGCUUAUUGAAACUAAAAACUAGAGCAAUCUUUCAAUUACAUAAAAAAUUUAAUAUAUGAUUGCAAGAGCACAGGCUUAUGAGAGUUUAUUGAAAUUCUAAAAGGCGAGAGAUACUUACUAAGAAUUAUACGAAAAGCACUUUCAGUGCUUAUCUCCAUUUGAUUAAAUUAAUUUACUUAAAAAUCUUGGAAGAUUAGAUCAUAAAAUGUCGAAAUUCAAUUCAUCAAUAAAGUUUUAUUAGCAGCUUCUUGAACUGCUUAAACAAAGUAAAGAUUUAAAUGAUUUGUAAAUUAGUGAAGUUUACCAAAUGUUGGGCUCUGCUCACUGUUUUUAAGGAGAUUACUAAGCUGCUCUCUUAUACUAUGAUGAGAGUCUGAAAAAAAAGGAAAUGCUUAAAGACUCUAUAGAAAAAGAAGAAAUUGCCGAUUUACUUGUUUAUAUUGGCCUAGUUAAAAAACACUUAUAGCAAUAUCAGUCUUCUCUAGAAAAUUAUUAAAAGGCACUUGAAAUAGUCAACGAAAACCCAGAAAAAAAUUUAAAAAGAAUUAGCUGUAUAAAAAAAAAUAUGGGUACUGUCUAUGAUCACCUUCAGAACAAUUCCUAGUCAAUCCAGUAUUUAGAAAGUGCUUUGCAAGACACAAUAUAAGCAUAUGGAACAGAGAACGAGAGAGUAGUUAAUUGCCUAAACAAACUAGGUAUAGUAUUAGUUCAUAGUGGUAUUCAUAAUCACGAACAAGCAAUAAGGCAUUUUGAAAGGGCUAUUAAAAUUAUGAAAAAGCUCUAUAAGAUGGACACUAUAAAUGAAUCUCUGAGAAAAUAGUUCAGAUUUAAAGACAAUCCCCUUGAUGAAGCUAUAAAUCCUUUAUACACAAGAGCUCUAUAAGUAAACGAAGAAGCCUAUAUUUUAUAUAGAUAGGUUUACGAUUAUUAUCAUGUUGGUGUAGGAAUCAUUCUCGAAAUUAGAGGAAUGAUCUAUCACUAUCUUUAAAAAUUUUCUUUUGCAGUGAAAUACUACACAGAAGCUCUCAACAUUUAUACCAUUAUAUUAAAACCAGAACAUGAAUUUGUUAAGCGCUCGUAAGCAUUUGUAAAUAUGGCUAAAACUGAAAAUAAAUUUUAAAACUUUCCAAAAAUUUGA